CCCUCCGACGGAUGGAUGAGGGCACAUUCACUGUGGGAAACGUUCAUUUUACACCGAAUAUGCUUGUUUUUGAGGAAUGUUAAAUUGAAAUGUUUUACAGACAGUUACCGUGACUGACAAGGUGCUUGGCAUUUAGAAGAAGAUCCCAGCUUGAAGGUUGGUCCUCGGUUGUUUAAUACAGAAUAUCUUUAAUCAUGGGUGACUGGAGCGUGCUGGGGAAACUUCUUGACAAGGUCCAGGCAUACUCCACAGUGGGAGGCAAAGUCUGGCUCUCUGUCCUCUUCAUCUUCCGGAUCCUGCUGUUGGGAACGGCGGUGGAGUCGGCCUGGGGAGACGAGCAGUCGGCGUUCAAGUGCAACACGAAGCAGCCUGGCUGUAAGAACGUGUGCUAUGACAAAUCGUUCCCCAUCUCCCAUGUGCGCUUCUGGGUUCUCCAGAUCAUAUUUGUGUCCAUGCCAACCCUCCUGUACCUCAGCCAUGUUGUGUUCCUUAUGCACAAGGAGGAGAAGUUGAACAUGAAAGAGGAGAAACUUAAAGACAUCCAGAGCAAAGGUGGAGAUGUCGAUGUUCUUCUAAGGAAGAUCGAAACAAAGAAGUUCAAGUACGGGUUGGAAGAUCAUGGGAAGGUCAAGAUGAGAGGCGGGAUAUUUUACACCUAUAUAGUGAGCAUCGUAUUGAAGUCAGUAUUUGAAGUUGGUUUCCUGUUGAUACAGUGGCAUCUCUAUGGGUUCAAGCUGUCUGCCGUUUAUACGUGUCAAAUGUUCCCCUGUCCCCAUAAAGUGGACUGCUUCCUGUCUCGUCCUACAGAGAAGACCAUUUUUAUCAUCUUCAUGCUGGUUGUGUCACUGGUUUCUCUAGCGCUCAACGUCUUUGAGUUUUUUUAUGUGAUUUUCAAGAGGAUGAAAGACCAAAUCAAGGAGACAGAGAAAAACUUUGACAGUGCUUCUAAUAUCAAGACUUGUCCGAGAAACCUGUAUAGCUACAGGUAUUACACCGACUCUUCGGCCCCUGUCCCUAAUCUCAGGUACAAUCUAGAUACAGGCGAUAAGUCCAACUCUUCUGACAAUUACGACAAGCAAGCCAAUGAGCAGAACUGGACAAAUUUUAGCACAGAACAGAACCAGUUGGGUCAGAGGGACUACUGCCACACACAGUGCUUUCCAUACCCUGAGAAAGUAACUCUGGGAAAAGAUCUGCUGCUGCUCAAGGAGCUUGAACCUCGACCUAGUAGUCGAGCGAGUAGUCGCGCAAGGCCUGAUGAUCUUGACAUCUAGCGGAGACCUCAAUAAAAGGCCUUUUAGACAAUUUCUACCCUUUAGAUCGCUGUUUCAAGUGGUGACCUUUUCAAAAAACUGUGAAAAGGACACAGAUAUGUCACUGACAUCCAAAGAUUGAAGUUUUAGCAUUUAUAUUUAUUUUUUGAUCAUUUAUUUUAUUUGUAUUUGUUAUUGAGGCUCAUGACAAACAGUUGUUUCUUAAAGGAAAAGUUCACCCAAAAAUGAAAAUUCUCUCAUCAUUUCCUCACCCUCAUGCCAUCCCAGAUGUGUAUGACUUUCUUUCUUCUGCUGAACACAAAUGAAGAUUUUAGAAGAAUAUCUCAGCUCUGUAGGUCCAUUCAAUGCAAGUAAAUGGUGGCCAGAACUUUGAAACUCCAAAAAACACAUAAAGGCAGCAUAAAAAUAAUCCAUAAAACUCCAGUAGUUUAAUCUAUAUCUUCAGAAACGAUAUGAGAAACAGAUUAAAAUAAUUGUAACUGUCAUGAAUUAAAUAAAGUAGAAAUAAUCAUGUAUUUAUUACUGUAAUAAACAAUGGUGCAUUAAUUAAAUUGUAUUUUUACAUCACAAGAAUUGUUUGUUGUACUGCCUUUAA